GGGUGUGUCAGUCUGUGCCUGGUGCCCACACGGGCGGGUGUCGUGACGACAAUACAGUGCCGCUUGGACCUCUCAGUAUUUAACAGUGGCGACGAGGUCCGAAGAACUGCGGGAAGUAUGGUGAAUGACGGAGAAGUGCAGGAGACUCGGCAGCCUGCAGUUAAGUUGGAAGAGGACAACGGGAAUCGGCGGCAACCAACGAAGCGGUUGCUGUCUGAAGAAGAUUCGCUGACGUUCGAAAGGGCACAGAAGAUCGCGCUGGCUGUGGAGACGGCCGCCAAAGGAUCUCGCCAGCUGACGACGGAGCAGCCAUCUCGCGACAGUCGCGAGGUCAACAGAGUCGAGGCCAGGAGCUUCAAUCCUCCUCCGCCGCCUGCUGGACGUAAACAGAGACCGACUCCACCGCCGCCCAACCGGUAUGUAAAGAGAGACUGCUACCGGUGUGGUGGAAGUCACUCUCCGCAGAUGUGCCGGUUUAAAGGCUAUAGGUGUCACUCUUGUGGAGCCUUGGGCCAUUUGAGCCGGUGUUGUAGGCAAAAUGAGCAGGACAAACAGCCAGCUACUCGUACAAAUCGUGUCGGUGAGGAUGGAACUGAUGAGCCUGCUCAAGUUGAUGAUGAAAGCGAGGUCUGUAGUGUCUACACGGUAGGUCGUCAAAAGUCGCCCCCAAUCACAGCCGAAGUGAUGGUGUGUGGUGUGCCCGUGACAUUUGAAGUCGAUACAGGAGCUGCUUCAACCCUGAUGAACAAAGAGACGUUCGAAGCGGUCAGGACGGUUGGCGGAGACAUCGGCCUGGAGUUGCAGCACAGCGAAGCUCACCUGAGGACGUAUACCGGUGAGCGAAUUCCUGUAGAGGGUGAGUUCAGCGCCGUCAUACGCUACGACGGUCAGCAUUUGGAGCUGCCGGCCUUGGUGGUGGACACCACCGGACCGAACCUGCUCGGCCGAGAUUGGCUGAGAGUCUUGAAGCUCAACUGGCAAGACAUCAAGCAGGUGAGAUUUGGGGAUGACCCUCGUGUUCAGGAGCUUAAAAAGAAAUACGCUGAUGUGUUUUCAUCUGAACUUGGAUGUUUGAAAGAUGUUGAAGUUAAGUUUGAACUUGAUGAGUCUGUGUCGCCACGCUUCUGCCGUGCCCGAAACAUCCCAUACGCCUACAGGAAGCAGGUGGAGGAACAGCUGGAGGCAGAAGUGGAAGCUGGUAUCCUGGAGCCAGUUCGAACAUCCGAGUGGGCAUGUCAGAUUGUGCCCAUUGUGAAGCCGGACGGUACCGUCGUCUGGCGUUGGGAGUCUCGUCAGCUGUGGGAAUUUUCCAGCGCGAGAUGGAGAGGCUGCUGGCGGGAGUCCCCGGAGCCUUCAUAUAUCUGGAUGACAUCUUGCUGUGUGGACACGACGAAGACGAGCUUCUGCAGCGGCUGGAACGUGUUCUGCGGCUCUUCCAGGAGGCAGGACUAA